AUGACAAAUAAUCCUGUUCUAUUAAUAAUAACACCAUCAAAUCUACGUCUUAGUGAAAUAAAAAUGGAAAUAAAAACAACUAAAAUUGAAGAUAUUGUUCCUAUUCUAUAUGAACAACGAACAACAUUUAUAUUAUUAGAUCAAUCAGAUAAAACAAAUAAUUGUUUAUCAACUCCUGAAAUGUUCAUUGCAAAUAUUCGUACAGGUGGUUUUACACUUGAAGUUAUUAAUAAACGAUCCAGAUAA